AUGAUCCAGGAGUCGGAAGAGAAUCAUUACAAGCUCGACAAAAUCGAUGACCACGAGCCCGACCCAUACGUUGUUCCUCCGUACUCAACUAUGCACGUUCAAGACGACAUCGCGGCUGCGAAACACGAUGUAUCAGAGCACGAUCUAGAUGAUAUGAAUGACUUUGCUCGACGCACCGCUUUGCUAGAAUGCGAGCACCUAAAAUCCAACAUACCCAAACUUGAAGAGUUCAUCCCUUCCGAAUACUUUCCCAAUAUUCUGCUGGUGAACGAUACUAAUGAUUUGGUAUCUGGGACAGGUUGCAGAUUCAAGACAACACGCUAUGCUCGCGAGGAAAAGCCCAGUCGUCUUCUGAUCGAAUACGAACGUGUCUGGCCUGUUUUUGAUAGGGAUGUGCAGUCUAAUCUGGGGGUUCCUUCCGAGGCGAAGACUGUUGAUGUGAACCGCCUUGCCCCGAAGGCUACGCAGUUGCGCGUCGCACGCUUACACUUGUCAGCAUCGUCUCUCAUUGGUGUUGGGCAUCAUUCUACCGUAUAUCGAGGAAUUGCUGUGAAGAUUGCUGGGUCAUCAUCUUCAGCACGCGGAAUGUUGGAAAAAGAGGCGAACAUCUACAACAAGUUGCCGAAGCAUCUCAUGGAAGACUGGAACGGGUUCAAUUUAGUUACCCCCCACAAGUAUCCGGUACCGGCAGAUGCUGUUGUACCAAAAUUCUAUGGAUAUCACGUUCCGAAGGAUCCAUACAUAGGAUCCUGUCAUCUUGAUCGCAGCCCCAUAUUGCUGGUCGAAGAAUGUGGUGUACCCAUUCGAUCAUAUGGUAUGAAUCCUGACGAGUGGUGCUGUUUGACGCACGUUUUGCGCCUGCAUUAUGCAAAUUUCAUCCAGAAUUUUCUGUACGAGCGCAACAUUUUGAUACAGCCAGGACCUCUCAGUCAUCCACCAUCCGAGCGAUCAUUCGAUCGUCCCAGUUUCCGCAUUAUUGACUUCGGGCGUGCGGAGCGACUUGAGGAUUGA